CGGGACACGGAAUCAAAACAAGCCUCACAUGUCCCUCAUGUGCUCUCCAGUCUGUCUUCAUCAUGGAUCUUCCUUGUGUCCAGUGGCAGGACCACGUGGCCCGGAAGUGGACGAGGCUCAAUCCCGAGUCUCAGGAGCGGUUCACAUCCCUGGUGGAAGUAGAUGAUGUUUUUAAAUGUGCCUCAACUCUGACAACACAAGAGGAUCUGGACUUCCUGGAGUCGUUCUGUGAUGGAGGCUCAGUGCAGAAGGACACAGAGCGAGCAGCAAAGUGCAGGGAGAAGGGAAACCGCAGCUUCCAGAGCAGAGACUACACUGCAGCCGCUCUGCACUACUCUCAGGGCGUUUGUUCUGCUCCCCCGAGGUCAGAGCAGCUGUCUCUGUGCUACGCCAACCGCUCCGCUGCCCUCCUCCACCUGCAGCUCCACCAGGAAUGCCUGAAUGAUAUUGACAGAGCCCUGGAGAAUGGCUACCCUUCUCGUCUUCUGCACAAACUAGAAGAGCGUCGCACACAGUGUCUCAAACACGUCUCUGGAGGUCAAAAGAAAAAGGACGAUCGUCACGGUGCUGCCUCAAAGAAUCACAAAGGUCCGGACAGAGCCGAAGCACCUGUGAGUGAGAUUUGUCCUCAAGCUGCUGUGGGGUUCAGCCCGGAGAAAGGCCGACACCUGGUGGCUGUGCAGGGAAUAGCAGCUGGGGAGGUGAUCCUGACUGACAGGCCGUACAGCUGCGUCCUCAUACCAGGGAUGGAGGAGGUGCAGGGGAGGAGAGGAGGGCUGGAGGCAGAGAGGGGGGGGUUUGGAACCGAGCACCGACGCUGCCACAGGUGUUUGAGUGAAACGCUGUGUCCUCUGCCGUGUGACGGGUGUAGUUACAGCCGGUACUGUUCCACCGGCUGCCAGCGGGAUGCCUGGGAGGAACAUCACCACUGGGAAUGUCCACUGGGAGCAGAUCUGAUGGUGAUGGGUGUGAUGUCACAGCUCGCACUGAGGGCAACGCUGAAGGCGGGGUUAAAAAACAUCCAAACGGCCAGGGAGCCAAUCAGAGGCAAGCACACAAAGUCGGAGCCAGACGGUCCAAGCAGUGAGUCGAGUGACACUUCUACUAAUCAACCGGAUCCGGCUGCUUCACACUACGGUGACUCUUACCUCAGCGUGUUUCACCUGCUUCACCACCUGAACCGCCACAGCCCUGCUCUGCGCUUCCUCAAUGCUGUUACCAUAGCAACGCUCUUCCGGAGGCUGAGCGAGACAGGACCUCCACCUGCAUCUUGGACCCUGGGUGGGCCCCCAGCGGCACCAGAGGAGGAUGGAGGGAACGUAGACUGGAGCACGGAGCUGUGGCUGAUGGGAAGUGCAGUUCUGAGGCACAUGCUGCAACUGAGGUGCAACGCCCAGGCCAUCGUCUCGCUGCAAGAUGCAGGAGCAGCUAACUCCCCGGUGCAGUCCCGCAGGGAAAUUCGCAUUGCCACGGCAAUAUUCCCAACUCUCAGUCUCCUGAAUCACUCCUGCUGUCCCAACACCAGCCUUGCAUUCAGCACCAAAGCUGCUGUUGAUCCCUCCGGCUCGGAUCUGUCUGCAGACGUCAGUGAGACGGUGUCUGAGCCCCGAGUCUCUGUGACUGUCAGAGCAGCCAAAGUUAUGGAUGCAGGACAAGAGAUCCUGCACUGCUAUGGUCCUCACAGCAGCAGGAUGGUGACCCCCAAACGCCAGCACCUCCUGCAGGAGCAGUACUACUUCCUGUGUCGGUGUGAGGCCUGCAGCCGAGCCCAGGAGGAGGGAGGCACGGAGGGCGGACAGCAGCGGUCGGGUGGUGGAGGUGCUCGGCUCGAGGAGGGACUCCUGUGUUUCAAGUGCAAAGGAUCUCUCAAAAGAAGCGGUGCAGACAAGGGAUCAGGAUUCAUGUGUUCCCAGUCGUCCUGUUCUCACCGUGUGUCGUCAUCUGAAGUGAGCCUCGUGCUGCAGGAGAUCAGAGUCGACCUGGAGAAAGCAGUGGACCUCAUGGAGAGAGAGAGGCCAGAUGAGGCAGUGAGACUCUUGAAUAGGACUCAGUGUGAGGCUGCACGAGUCCUCGCAGAGACGCACCCUCUGCAGGGAGAGCUGGCUGAUGCUACGGCCAGAGCAUACGCUACAGUGGGUGACUGGAAUAACGCCGCCUCCCAUCUGGAGCGCAGCGCCGCAGCUAUUGGCUCCCAGUACGGAGAUGACAGUAUUGAACUGGGUCAGCAACUCUUCAAAUUAGCUCAGCUACACUUCAACGGGGGAGCCAGAGGUCCGGCCCUCUCUCUCAUCCCCAAGGUCAGAAGACUCCUCCGCCUGCACUCUGGUCCGCACUGCCCGGAGCUACAGGAGCUGCAGGACAUGGAGGACUGUCUACGAGGGUAGUCUCCAGCAACUACACCAAGAAAAGGCUUUACACAAAACAUCUAAUUCUUAGUGAAACUGAAUA